UUUCUUUUAGAAUUUGAUGUAACGGACUCAUCAUUUUCUCUCUCCUAUUUCUCUCUCUCCUCCUCUCUUUCCCUGCUUCAGAGGUCAGAGCUUCCUUCUUCAACAUAUAUGGACCAAAACCCUGAAACCCAAUAAAUAUUCUCGUCAAUUUCACAGCUUUCUGGACGUUAUGGAGUUGGGUUUCUAAACCCAUCAGCCAUUGUUGCAGUGCGCCAAGAUUAACGAAUUUGAAUUUGGAUAUCCAUCUAUCUUGGCCCUGCAAGAGUUUAUAUAGUAUAUAUAUAUAUAUACAUAUAUUUUUGCCGUGCAAUCUAAUGGGGAUGUCAUCUGAUAACAUUCAUGGACUUGUUCUGGCUGUAUCAUCAAGCGUCUUUAUCGGGUCUAGCUUUAUAAUCAAGAAGAAGGGUCUUAUAAAAGCCGGGAAUACUGGAAUUAGAGCAGGGGCUGGAGGAUUUUCGUACUUGCAUGAGCCUUUAUGGUGGGCUGGGAUGAUAACCAUGAUUGUUGGGGAGAUAGCCAAUUUUGCUGCUUAUGCAUAUGCUCCAGCAAUUCUUGUAACACCGUUGGGAGCUUUGAGUAUUAUUUUCAGUGCAGUGCUUGCUCAUUUUAUUUUGGCGGAAAAAUUGCAUAUCUUUGGUGUCCUUGGUUGUAUUCUCUGCAUGGUAGGCUCUACAAGUAUUGUUUUGCAUGCUCCGCAGGAAAGAUUAAUUACUUCAGUAAAGCAAGUCUGGCAACUUGCUACUGAGCCAGGUUUCCUUGUGUACACUUGUAUAGUUCUGAUUGUGGUUGCUGUGCUUAUUUUCCAGUAUGUUCCACAUUAUGGGAAAACCCAUAUGGUGGUGUACGUUGGAAUUUGCUCUCUCAUGGGCUCUCUCACGGUAAUGAGUGUGAAAGCAUUGGGAAUUGCUUUGAAGCUGACAUUUGAAGGAUCAAACCAGUUUAUUUAUUUCGAAACAUGGUUUUUUACAGUGGUUGUAAUAGGCUGUUGUCUUUUGCAGAUAAACUAUUUAAAUAAGGCCUUGGACACCUUUAACACAGCAGUUAUAUCCCCGGUCUACUAUGUUAUGUUUACAUCAUUCACCAUCCUUGCGAGCAUGAUCAUGUUUAAGGACUGGGAUUCGCAAAAUGGAGCACAGAUAGUGACUCAAUUGUGUGGUUUUGUCACAAUUCUAUCUGGUACCUUUCUUCUUCACAAAACCAAAGACAUGGGAAACCCUACACCAGGCGAGACACCGGUCUUCCGAAGUCCAACUCACCCUAUUGUACAGUCAAAUCCACGAUAGCUGGCCGCGGAGAUCGACUUCAAUCAGCAUUUGCAGGAUUCUCUUUCACUCAUCAUAACACUUGUGACUAUACAACUUUCCAAAGUUUAAGAAUGCUUAUAGUUGAUGCAAAGAAGAGUAGAAACUAGAAAGGUUUUAACAAUUUUUUAAGCUGAAAGAUGACUUAUUGUCCUUUUUUAGUGAGAGCAUGUGAUACAGCUAUGAUUUGUCUCAAUGUUCAUGUGAAAAUAUGAUCACAUAUUGUUCAGCUAAGUUUAGAGAUUCAAAUUCUUAGUUUUUUUUUUGUUAAUCUUAAUUCUAUCUUUUUUUGUAUUGAGCUUCAUUAUGACAAAGACACUGAAUCCUUUGUAGUGAGCUUCUAAUAGUGAAGAAAAAGAAGAGAAACUAAAUGUAGGAGAUGGCUUAAGUCUGAAGAUAUAUUUAUGUAAGAUUCUUAGAUUUUCUCGUAA